AUGGAGGGGGAGGAGUUGAACUCUUCCCUCAGGAAACGCCCCCAGGUCCUGGCCCCAGGGAGGCCCAGCAUGAAUGGUAGCUGUGCUGCUGGGACAGCCUGGGCACCGAGUCAGGAGGCCACUUUCCCUGUGGAGCACCUCCCAGCAGCAGUCCCUGAGGCAGAAGACAGCAAGGUGGUGCUAGGAGGUCAGAGCCCUGCUGCACUGCCCAGGACUGAGGCUUCCGCCUCUGAAUGCCGACCGCCUGCCUGCCCAGCCGGGCCCCAGCUCUGCAGCAUGCUGCCUGCCCCUGAAGACCCCCAGGGCUGCCACUGCCCCGAGGGCAGCAAGAGGCAGGCAGAGUACUUCAGCUGCCAGGAGAGGCAGGGCUGCAGCUGCCUGCCCUGCAGCUGCCUGCCGGGCAGCAGCGGCUCGCAGGCCGGCACCGCGGAGAAGGUGACGCUGGUGGUGGACGGCACUCGCUUCGCAGUCAACCCCCAGAUCUUCACUGCCCACCCUGACACCAUGCUGGGGAGGAUGUUUGGCCCAGGGAGGGAGUACAACUUCACCAGGCCCAACGAGAAGGGGGAGUACGAGAUCGCCGAGGGGAUCAGCGCCGCCGUGUUCCGCACCGUGCUGGACUAUUACAAAACAGGAAUCAUUAACUGCCCUGAUGGGAUCUCCAUCCCAGACCUGAGGGACACCUGUGAUUACCUCUGCAUAAACUUUGACUUCAACACAAUCAAAUGUCAAGAUCUAAGUGCUCUGCUGCAUGAGCUCUCCAACGAUGGGGCUCACAAGCAGUUUGACUCCUACCUGGAGGAGCUGAUCCUGCCCAUCAUGGUGGCCAGCGCCCGCAAGGGGGAGCGGGAGUGCCACAUCGUGGUGCUCACCGACGAGGACACCGUGGACUGGGAUGAAGACCACCCUCCCCCCAUGGGAGAGGAGUACUCACAGAUCCUUUACAGCUCCAAGCUCUACAGGUUCUUCAAGUACAUCGAGAACCGGGACGUGGCCAAGGCCGUGCUGAAGGAGCGGGGCCUGAAGAACAUCCGCAUCGGCAUCGAGGGCUACCCCACCUGCAAGGAGAAGGUGAAGAGGAGGCCCGGGGGCCGCUCCGAGGUGAUCUACAACUACGUGCAGAGGCCUUUCAUCCAGAUGUCCUGGGAGAAGGAGGAGGGCAAGAGCCGGCACGUCGACUUCCAGUGCGUGCGCAGCAAGUCCCUGACCAACCUGGUGAGCGUGGGGGACGACGUCUCGGAGGAGCAGGAGGUCCUCCUGCACCACCCCCCGCAGGUGGAUGAACUCGACAGGCUCAACGCCCCCUUCUCCCAGAUGGCUGUGAACGACCUGCCCGAUUAG